GUCAGAGUCAGACACCAGCCGAGAAAGACGCACGCAGGCAGCUCAUAUAGGAAGCGAGAUGAAGACACCGCAACAUUUUCCUAACAGAAUGGAGUGAGGAUCAACUAGUGGACCCGGACAGCUUUUCCCAAAUUCACGCUUGGAUGUGUUUAUUCAUCGGCUUCGACUUCCAGCCCUCUGGUUUUCGGGACACUUGCACGUGAAGUCCAGAGCGCACCCACACACGGGGAUCAGCGCGGCAUUGCGCAGAAGAUGUGCAUCACCGCCGAGCUGCUGAGAUCUGCGUCGCCUGCGCGCAUCGUGGGUUCGAGUCCGUCCCUUCAUGUCUGCGCUCCGCGUCAUUCCCGGUGAACUGAGAUGGCUCUUUGCGCUGUGGUGCGACGGACACGCAGACCGCGGCGGGCGAGUUGGACACAUGCAGUUGUAAUCGCGACCUAUUGCUUUCUGUGCAUAUUGCCAUUGAAACAACUUUGCGCGUUUCCUUCUUCGCUGAGCGACUGUCAGACACCCACCGGUUGGAACUGCUCCGGGUUCGAGGAGCAAGACACAGAUCUCUUUCUUUGCGACACAAACACAUGCAAGUUCGACGGAGAGUGUUUGCGAAUCGGGGACACGGUGACGUGCAUCUGCGAUUUCAAGUGCAGCGGUGACUAUGCUCCGGUGUGCGGUUCUAAUGGGGAGAGCUAUGAGAACCACUGUCUCCUGCGUAAAGACGCCUGUAAGCUCCAGACGGAGGUGUUGGUGGCGUCGGAAGGUGCCUGCCCUGUCGAUGCUGGCUCUGGAUCAGGGGAUGAUGUUAAUGAAGGAUCUGCAGAGAUCAGUCAGAAGGAGACGUCAACUUGCGAUAUUUGUCAGUUCGGGGCAGAGUGCGACGAGGAUUCGGAGGAUGUUUGGUGUGUGUGCAACAUUGAUUGCUCCCACAUCAGCUUUAAUCCCGUUUGCGCAUCGGACGGCCGUUCCUAUGACAACCCCUGCCAGGUGAAAGAGGUGUCGUGUCAGAAACAGGAAAGGAUUGAGGUCAAAUACCUUGGACAUUGUAAGGAGGAGAAAGACCAGGUGAGCGAGGUACCGUGGGGUCUUUACAUCCCCUGUCCGGAACGAUACAAGAACUACUGCGUCCACGGAGACUGCGAGUAUCCUAGCAACCUCUCGCCUCCCACCUGCAGUUGUCAUUCAGGCUUCGUUGGGCCGCAGUGUGACACAAAAGACUACAACGUGAUGUACGUGGUUCCCGGUUCGGGAAAACUCCGUUACGUGCUGAUCGCGUCCAUCAUCGGAGCUCUGCAGGUGGCCAUCAUCUGUCUGGUAGUGCUUUGCAUCACGCGACGGUGUCCACGUGGGAAUCGUAUAGCGCGCCAGAAGCAAACCGUUCCGCACUUCAACUCUGAAAACACCCUACGGGCCUCCACAAGACUCAUCUGACAAACCCUUAAACUUAGAGUGAUGUGCUAAAGACAGCAGAGAAAGGCCCCAGGGAAUUGUGGGAACACAACCUCUCCAGACAAGCGAUGCUGGAUGCGGAAUUGUGCUCAAACCUUAUCGGUCCUCGUUUCCUAUAGGGAAUAAACAGAGGAUGGGCCUCGUGAGCUUUGGUUUAUCCAGCUGGCCUGCAGGUCUUAAUAAGGCUCAGUGGAAAGAGAAAAGACAGUCAACUUCAGCGAGGGGAUGUCAGAAACACUCCCAUCCCUGGGGUUGCAACAAUCUGGAAAAGAGAAGUGCUUUCAGAUGGAUGUUUCAAUUGGUGGAGGUGUCACAUGUUGCCUUGUAUUUGUUGUCUAUGACACCAUAAAGGAAAAGAGCAGUCCAAGGCUGUUUGGUUAUGUAUUAUAUAUUUUGAAUAGGUUAAUAUUCUUGUGACGUUUUUCUUUGUUUUUAUUCGCUGUAAUGUAAAUAAAUAAUUUAUAUGAUGUGA